AUGCCAGAGAGCUUUGUAGAAGGAGAAAUGGAGAAAACGAUGCCAAUGUCGCAAAGAGCUGACGAGAGUGGGAGGAAAGUCCGUACCACGCCUCAAGCCAAACCCAAACUUUUGUUGCCGUAUUCAUCCGCCGCCAGGAUUCCUUUCGAGACCCACCACCGUCCUCAGAGCAGUAGGCUUACUCAUCAAUCACCACAGUUCAACCGCCACCAAAUCGCUACGAAACAGACCACUAACCACGAAGAGAAACACCGAGCCAGAAAAAGAAAAAAGGAAAAGAAAAGGAAACGGACCUCUCUCUCGACAAAGCGCCGCUGGAAACCGGAGAGGAGAGCGACUGAGAUAGAGAAGUUAGACAGAAGGGAGAGAGUUUAG